AUGCGAGGGGCCGACGACGACUCGGACGACGCGUCGACGUCGUCGUCCGACGCGUCGUCGGCGUCGGCGGCGGGCGCGGGCGCGGACGGGGACGACGGAGGGGACGCGGUGGGAUUGGGUGGGAAGAAUCGACGCGAUGAUUCUCGUUGGAGCGCGACGCGUCAGGCGUGCGCGUUCGUCGCGCGAGCGCAGGCGCUGAUCGCUGAGGUGUCGAGACUCGCGAGAAGCGUCCCGAGGGGGUUGCGGGGGGCGGGAGACGCGAGACACGCGUCGGUUUUGUUCGAUUACGAUUAUUUUGAGAAUCGAGACGCGCUGGACGCGCGAGUGGACGACGACGCGCGAUUGAGCGAACUCGACGAUGAGGUGGAGGCGGUGUACGGGACGGUGUUGACGAGGUAUUGGUGCGCGUUCGAUGCCGUGGUGCGGUGGCAUCAGGAUUUUACGAGAUUCGCCGAGGACGUGCGAGACGGGACGUACGUGCGCGAUACGUGGGAGAAGAUUCUAGCCGACGAGGACGGGAGGCAGUACGUGGCGGAGGCGAUCGCGCUGUACGGGGUGAUUUUGAAGAUUUUAGAUGAGAAGAUGGAUUGGAGGUUCAGGGAGCGCGCGGUCGUGGCGUAUUAUCGACACAAAGGUCGGAUGAUUGAGGACGAGGCGAACGCGAACGAAAUCGUCGCGCUGUGCGCGCGGACGGGAUUCGACGCCUCGCGUCCGGGGUCGCGACCGACCGGGUACCCGGAGACGUACUUCGCCCGAUGUGAGUUCCCGGAGUGGCUCAUCACGAUGGUGAUCGGGCGAUUGCGCACGGAUGACGUGUACAAUCACGCGCCGCACUACCCGAAUCCCGAUCAUCGCUCCACCGCGCUCGCGGCGCAGGGCGGGUUACUGUACGUCAUCUUGUACUGGGCGCCGAGCAUCUUGGUCAGAGGGACCUCGGCGAUGCGUGAAAUCGUCGAUCGGCACUACGCCGAUAAUUGGGUGGUGACGUGCGUUCCUGGGAUGACUGUAAAUUUAUUAGCCGAGUGGCAGCCUUACGAAGCCGCCGCGACGGCGAUGCGUAACGCGGUGACGCCGAGAGCGGCGAAGGAGCUCAUUGAGAACGCGUCGACGAGUGUGGAUGAUUUGAAGAUGGCGUUUAACACGUAUCUCACAGAGGGUGUUCUCACUGAGGAAUUCGUGUUGGAGAAUGAGAGAGUUUUGAUGAAUGUUGUGCGGGACGCCAAUGUCGUCGCUCGGUUCCUGUUGUUACAGAAUUCCACGCCGCACGCCUCGGUGUCGCUCGCACAGAUGCCGAGUAAAGAGAAGAUAGUCGAUUUAUUACUGGAUUGCGCCGAGUUGGAGAACGCGCUGAAGACGAUUUACACCUCGCUUUUGAGCACGAAGAACGAGCUGUGGGAAGAGUGCAAGCGAGAGGCGGGCGAUCGCAUGAGGGAGCUCAGCGCGUAUUUCGGCGGCACGGCGGGACUCAGUAGGAACAAAAAAGACGAUAAUCUGCGACUGUGGUUCGCCAAUCUCUCCGUCGAGGUCGAUCGCUUGUCGUACGACGAUCCAGUGGCGGCCGGACGAACGAUUCAAGAGCUCGACGCCGCGCUCACCGAGGUGGAGCACUUUCAUCAAAUCAUCGACAACAUUCACGCAAAGCAAUACUUGCUCGAUUCGAGACGGUACCUCGGAAAGAUGAUGAUGACCACAAACGUCGCCGAUUCGGCGCUGAACACGCUCACGAUCGUAUCCGACGGCGCGUACGCGUGGGGAUUAAUCGAUUCGUACACAGAGCAAUUGCAGCAACGCGUUCGCAGGGACCCGUUCGCCGUCCAAAAACUGAGAUUUUUGUUCAUCAAAUUGAAGAGCAUCUUGGAGAUGCCACUUUUGCGCAUCUCGCAGAUAGAGUCGCCAGAUAUCUACAGCGUAAGUGAAUACUACUCGUCUCAAUUGGUGAGUUACGUGCGCAACGUCAUCGAGGUGGUGCCUGUGAGCAUGUUUGAGAUCCUGAACGAAAUCGUCGGCGUGCAAACGGAUGCGCUGAAAGAGUUACCGACCAAGUUGGCAAAGGCAGAGCUAAAAAACUACGCACAGCUCGUCGAGCGCUCGAAACUCUCCAAGGCGACGUACGAAAUCGCCAUUUUUGCGCAGGGCAUCUUGGCGAUGGACAGCACCUUCAUGGGAGUCAUCGAGCUCAAUCCAAAGAAGCUACUUGAGGAUGGAAUUCGAAAGCAACUUGUGAAGCAGAUCACAGAGACGUUUCACACCACGCUCGUCUUCGGCGAGGGCGUAGACGGGCUUGGAUGGAACAAUUUUGUGGCAGCGAUGAUGAAGUCAAAUCCAUUUCAGGAUCGUCUCAACUUGUUGGCAAAAAAAUUGGAAGGCUUCCGGAGAUCUUUCGAAUACAUUCAAGAUUACGUCAACAUUUACGGCUUACAGAUGUGGCAAGAGGAAACAAAUCGCGUGGUGAGUUACCACGUCGAGCAAGAGUGCAACGGUUUCCUCAAGCGCAAGCACGUCGCCGAAGGGGAGAGCGAAUUCCAAUCCGUGGCGAUUCCCAUCCCGGACCAUCCGCCGUUGGACGCGGAAUCGAAGACGUUCAUGGGUCGACUUUUACGUGAGAUUCUACGACAAACAGACCCGACCACGACGCGAUACAUUGCUCCUCAUAGCGCGUGGUUCAGCGUUGAGGGAAAAGAAAUCGUCGGCAUCCAGACGUUUUCCCUCUUGACAUCAGCUGUCGGAAACGUCGGUUUAAACGGUUUGGAUCGCAUUCUGAGCUUCAUGGUGAAGCAACGCCUGCAACUUUGUCUCGAAACGUGCGGAGAUCAACUCGCUGGCGAGCUCGGUUCGAUCGUUCGCGCCAUGAAUGGUGCGCUGCAGCCGAUUGGCUCGGUUCCCUCUGGCGCGCUCGCGGCGUACGACGAAAUGAUCAAGGCCUCAGUCUCUUCGUGGGACGAUUUCAUCGCCGCGCUGUCGUUCAUCGGCCAAGCGCAGGUGCUCCGAAUGCAGCUCAACGCCGAGCUCGUGGCGAACGUUCGUAUCGAUUCGCACACACUGAGCAGAGUUUUGGACACGGCGAAUCGAGCGAUUUUGACCGACGUGCGAGCGCACUACAAGUCGCCGGACGAGGCGCCGUAUCCGGACGAGUCCAACGUCGUGAUCCCAAAGCUCAGCGCAUAUCUCGCGGCGAGCGGGAUGCAAAAUCCUUCGAGACAAAUCUACUGCGCCGUCGGCGCCGUGGAGGACUUUGGCGCGUUCAUUUUCGCCUUCACGGCGGCGCAGCUAGAGCUGUACCGAUUCGAUGCUCCCUUGGCGUCGCUCGUGCCCGUCACCGCCCGAGUCGACGCCUACGUCCUCAUCGUCGGCGUAAGCACGGCUCUGAGGCAGCACCACGCCGACCAAACGACGAGCUAUCUCUCCCACAUGGGCGCGUACGUCCGCGCGCGCCUGGCGUCGCCGUCCUCCGCCGACGUCUUCACCCCCGGCGUCCGCGCCGCCGUCGCCUGGUCCAAGCGCUUCGCCGUCGUCCACGACAUCCCCCUCGCCGUGUUGGCCGGCUUCUUCCCCCCCUUCGUCUUAGAUCACGCGUGCGCGUCGCCGAUCGCCUAG